AUGAUGCAAAUCACGAAUCGAUUUCAAAUUCGGCUUGACCGGGUUAUCUUGAUGCUCCUGGGGAUAUGAUGGAUCUGUUUGCUUAAAGAGAAAGCAAAGUUUGCAACUUUUCCGAGUCCCGAAAUGCUGCAGUUUGUGUUUGUGUUUGUUUAAGCAAUUCGAUUUCGGGUCCUUCCACCGAGCAGCCAUCCAAAACACCCUUACCCUUGCCAAGACCCUGCCAAGCCAUACGCCAAGCCGGGAAAAACUGGUGCAGAAGCUGUACAGAAGCCGUCACGGGGCUGUCUCCAUUAAAUAAAUGUCCGAAUCUCAGCGCCAGCAGGAGCCAGCACAGGCCACACAGCAACCCCUGAAACGUACAUUUCACGGUAUGUGUAAACAAUUCUAAACCCCACCCCAGGGCCAUCAUGCAUAGUCUUCUAACCAUCGAGAACGCUUGAGCCAGGUUGUUUGACAUGUCGAAAGAGAAAAGUCCGGUGCAAAGGAGGCGAUCCCUGCCAAAACUGCGCUCGUAUGAACAUUACCUGCCACAGUUCGUUUGACACCAACCUUCGCAUCCGCGUGUCAACACCGACAGGUCAGAGGGAUGUAGACGUAGGGGCCACAUCCAGCCGGUCGUCCAGACCAACGGCUCCAAACCAACAGCAGUCCCCGCCCCAGCACCAGCACCAAUACCAACACCAGCAGCAGCAACCAGCCCAAUAUCAACCAGAGCCCAUGCCGGCAUUUAUGACCUUUGACGGACAUAGCCAGUCCUUCCUCUCCGAAGACCCCAACCACUUUGCCGGGUAUCCCACGUCUGCGACCAUCGGUGGACCGUCCACUUCAUACGCUCCGGUCCCCCCGGUGACCAAUGUAAACUUUGACAUGGCAUCGGCAUCGGCAUCGAUUGCCAAUUCGAGUACCACCGGGGUUCCGGAUAUGACCCAGCUCCAGUAUCAGCAGUAUCCGGAUGCUGCCGCUUGGGAAUAUGACUACCCUUAUGACCCGAACGACCCCAACAACCUUGGCUAUGACUAUGAUGCCGCGAUGGACAUGAGCAUGCAAGCUUUCCUACCCGACGACAUGCAACAUAGUCAUCAGGAUGCUGGUGGGUGGUACGAAUAUCCGGCGCAGGGACCGUCGGGCCAGCAGCAGAAUUGGCGGUAAUGUGGGCGCUCUUCUGAAUGGACUGGUUCUCUGGUUGAUCCCCGAGGACCAGUUUCGAACCUGAUGUUCUGACUUGGAAAAUAACAACUCGCUGGCUGGUUCACUUGCAUGAGCUAGGCCUUUUGGACUGGCUCUUUGGCUUUGAUACUGUUUGGUCGAUAGAGAUCCUAGAAUGGGGGAACACAGGGAGUAUACUCAAUAGAAGCGUGCAGACAACAAAAAGGCAGGUGAGCGACAGCGAUGCGAGAAUGAUUACAUAGAUGAGAGAUGAGAUACAUGAGACCGCAAAGGGAAAACCGGACGAAAGCAAUGCG